AUGGGGUGGUUUUGGGCAUCAUCAACACCAGCUGCAAAGCAGCCCGAAAUUCACACUCCAUCACCCAGCGACGCUGGAACCUCUCGAUGCCCAGUUCAGCAUGGCCAGUCUAUGAAUGCCAAUGCCACAGUAGAGGGCUCAUGUCCAGUACGGGCGAAAGAUUCACCGUUCUACGUUCCUCCCUCAAACUCCGCGAAACCACAUAAUGCAGCAACCCUGUCUCCUGAACCCGAGCAGAAAUCUGUUCUUUCGAUGCUCAAUCCGUUAAACUACAUGUUUGCCGAUAUAUCUCAAUCUCGAGCUCCGAACCAAACCGUCGAAUUGUCCGUGGAUCGAGAACCGUCGUCCAUUCCGCGUGGUGACAAUUCCGGCGCGAAGUGGGAAUACCCUUCUCCGCAACAGAUGUAUAAUGCCAUGCUUCGGAAGGGAUACACGGAUACGCCACAAGAUGCAGUCGAGUCGAUGGUGUCGGUGCACAACUUCCUUAACGAAGGCGCAUGGCAGGAGAUUGUGGAUUGGGAGCGCACAUUUUCCCAGGGACUAAUCCGAGGCUGGCAAAGAUGUAGGCGUGGAUCGGAGAAUCUCGCUCUAGACCUUGAGCGAGAGAGAAUGCGAUCUGGUGGGGAAACUGAUGACGAACCGCGCUUGGCCAGGUUUAUGGGCAGGCCGCAGGAUUUGACCCCUAAAGCCCAGCUAUUCCAAAUGCUGGGUCGAGUGUAUCCCUCCAAGUUCGGGACUGCUCCUCCAUUCGACAGACAUGACUGGUAUGUCUUGCGCAAAACACCACACGGCGACAAGGAGGUUCGAUAUGUAAUCGACUAUUACUCCGGGCCUCCGGAGCCUACUGGUGAACCUGUCUUUUACCUUGACAUUCGCCCAGCUGUUGAUACCCCCACAGCCGCCGCUGAACGGCUCUUGAAAUGGGGAGGGGACAUCUGGUGGCGAGCCAGCGGUGGAGCUGCCAGAGAAAAUUGA